AUGGAUAAAUUAGUGCCUAUUGUUAAUAAAUUACAAAAUGUACUUUCGUCAUUUAUCAGUAGUGAAACAUUAAGCCUUCCACAUAUAGCAGUAAUAGGAGCACAGUCUGUUGGCAAAACAUCUUUGUUAGAAUCACUUGUUGGUUUAAGUUUUAUGCCAAAGGGGGAAGGUAUAGCUACAAGAACACCAAUAAUAAUACAACUAACUAAUUCCAAAACAGAAGAAUGUUAUUGUACAUUGACAUAUUAUGAUUGUGAAAGUAAUAGAGUAGAAAAACAUAUAGAUGAUUUUUCUAUUUUAAAUAAUAUGUUAAUAGAAGUAACCGAUGAAAUAACAGGAGGAAAUAAAUGCAUAAAAGAGACUCCUAUAAUUAUAGAAAUUCAUAAAAAUGAUGUAUUAGAUUUAACAUUAAUUGAUUUACCUGGUUUAACAAAAGUACCAGUUGGAAAUCAACCACAUAAUGUAGAAGAGCAAAUUGGAUGCUUAGUUAAUAAAUAUAUUAAAAACCCUAAUUGUAUAAUUUUAGCUGUUUCUUCAGCUAAUAUUGAUUUAGCUAAUUCUGAUAGUUUAAAAAUGGCUAGAAAUGUAGAUCCAAAACACGAAAGGACUAUAGGUGUAAUAACAAAGUGUGAUGUUGUGGAAAAAUCCGAAAUAUGGAAAAAAAUGAUUAGUGGGACUUUAUAUCCAUUAAAAAAAGGUUUUGUAGCUGUAGUUUGUAGAAGUCAAAAAGAUAUUGAUGAUAAUGUUAGCAUUGAUGAAUCAUUGAGAAAAGAAGAAGAAUAUUUUAAUCAAUACAUCGAUUUUUCGAACCAAAAUGAAUGUAUUAUGGAGUGUGGGAUAAAAAAUUUAGCAAAAAAAUUAAAUAAUAUACUUAUUGAACAUAUAAAAAAUACUGUACCAUAUUUAAAACCCAAAAUAGACGCAUUAAAAAGUAUUGAAGAAGAAAAAUUAUUAGAGCUAGGUGAACCAAUGGAUAAUAUGAACCGCUCAGAAUAUUUAGCAGUUCUUGUUAAUUAUAUUACAAAAUUUUCUCAACAAUAUCAAGAUAUAAUAGAUGGAAAAGUAUUUUAUAAAGAUCGUGUAGAUGAAUUAAAAGGGGGUGCAAGAAUUCAUUAUAUAUUUAAUGACUGGUAUAUUAAAGCAUUAAAUGAUUUUUCCCCAUUGGAAUUAUUAAGUGAUGAAGAAAUACGAAUAGCUAUUAGAAAUUCAAGUGGGCCAAGAGGUGCAUUGUUUGUACCAGAAAGCGCAUUUGAAACGUUAAUAAAAAAAUUAAUAAAUUGUUUAAAGGAGCCAUCACUUCGUUGUGCAGAUCAAGUUUAUGAAGAACUUAUUAAAAUUGUUGAUAACUGUAAAAUAAAUGAUAUGGAAAGAUUUACAAACUUAAAAAGCGCAAUAAAUGAACAAGUGAAAAUUUUAUUAAAAGAUUGCUUACAACCAACAAAGGAAAUGAUCAAAAAUCUUAUGUUAAUCGAGUUAUCUUAUAUUAAUACAAGUCAUCCUGAUUUUUUGAAUGAACAUUUUAUGAAAAAUGUAUAUGACAAAGAUAAUGAAUAUGUCGAAGAUUUGGAACCUGUUGUUAAAAUGCACAGUAACAACAAUAAAAUGCCACACCAUAAAAGGGAUUAUCACGAAAAUUAUAUGAGCUCGAACGGAGUUCAUAAUAAUGGGUAUAUACAAUCACAUCAUCAAAUGCAUGAUGGUAUGCAUGGAACAGUGAAUGAUAAAAUGAACAAUAAUACAGGAACGAAUAUGAGCAAUACCAAUCAUGCAACUAUUAAUCAUGAUGGUACAUAUAAAGAAGACAAUAAAAUCUGGAAAAAUAAAGAAGAUUAUAAAUCACAUAAAAAUAAAAAUGGUACAAAAAUAGCUAAUUUAAAUAAUAGAGAAAAUGUUUUUGUUUUACCAGUUAUCCCUGAAAAAAUAAUACCAGAGUGUUCAUCUUCUUCUAAAGAGAUUAUUGAAAUUGAUUUAAUCAAAUCAUUAAUUAAUAAUUAUUUUAACAUUGUAAGGAAACAUAUAGCUGAUGCUGUACCCAAAGCUAUAAUGCAUUUUAUGGUUAAUACAUCGAGAAAAACAAUGCAAAAAGUUUUAAUUUCAAAUUUACAUAACAGUGAGCUUCUUAACCUUUUUAAUGAAUGCUCUUCUAUCAAAGUAAAAAGAAACAAUUGCAAAAAAAAUUUGGAAGCCUUAAAUCAAGCUAUUAAAAUGUUGGCAGAAAUUAGGAACCAAGACAUUUAG